AUGAAGGCGAUUAUAGCGUGUUUAUUCUAUGUGGUAACACUGGUGGCAAGUUUUGAAUAUUACAAUGUUACAUACCAACCCGUUCAAAGGCAAUUAUUGGACUUUAAGAAGAACCAUCCCCGCCCAAUAGGAUUAUGGACCAAAAAUGCCGGAGAACCAGUUGACAUACGUGACACAAUAACAAUUAACUCCGAUCAAUUUAGCAACCAACUGCUUAUUGAUACAGUAUCGACAGUAGUUAGCGAGAGAAUACCAGAGCGAGUAGCUACUGCCAAAGGUACAGGAGCCUUCGGUUACUUCGAAGUCACGCACGAUGUCUCCAAGUAUACAUAUGCUGAAGUUUUCAAUGGAGUGGGCAAGAAAACUCUGGUUGUUGCCAGAUUUGCAACGGCAUUCCAAAAUAAAGGGGGCUCUGAACUGGCCAGAGAAAUGAAAACUAUGGCAGUUAAAUUUUACACUGAACAAGGAAAUUUAGAUAUGCUAUCUAUUUCUAUACCUGUAUUUGCAUUUAGAGAUCCCAUGGUAGCGAGAGACAUAGUUCAUGCGUUUAUGAGAAAUCCUCAAACUAAUAUGUACGAUUUAACAAGUAUUUAUGAUUUAGUGACAUUGAGACCCAGCUUUGUCCACUCGCUGUUUUGGAUAAUGUCUGAUUAUGGCAUUCCCGAUGGCUACAGAAAGAUGGAUACAUUCCCCAUUCAUACUUACGAACUUUCUAGUAAGCAUGGUGAGACAUAUUACGUACGGUUUAACUUCAGAACUGAGUUGGGUUUCUCAUACCUAACAACUGCCGAAGCAGCUGCCAUUCAAUCUGCAGAUAUGGAUUACUUUACUCGAGAUUUGUACAAUGCUAUUGAUUCCAGAAAUUAUCCUUCAUGGAAACUUGAGAUGGAUGUAUUGUCAGUACAUGAUUUAAAAAAAGUCGAUUACAAUCCUUUUGAUAUUACAAGACUGUGGAAAAAUGGUACAUUCCACACCGUGCCAAUUGGGCGGUUAGUGUUAAAUAGAAACGUUGAAAAUCAGUUUAGAGAUGUCGAACAAGCUGCAUUUAAUCCUGCUAAUUUAGUACCUGGUAUUCCAGGACCAGUAGACCAGGUAUUCCGUGUCGAAAGAAUGUUCUAUAAGGACUCACAAAAUUAUCGUCUGGGAAGAAACCAUGACAAAAUUUUAGUAAACAUGCCAUUGUACGAGAAGACGUAUGUACGAGAUGGAAGACCACCAGUUAGCCUUAAUAUGAAGAACGCUCCCAACUAUUAUCCUAAUUCAUUCCAUGGACCAGUUCCAUAUGUGGAUGAGCACAGACCGUGGAAGAAAUUGCAAGUAUUACAAAGUUUUUCUGUUGAUUUGGAACCAGCAUGGUAUUUCUACAAUUACAUUUUGGAGGAUGAAGCUCACAGGCUGAGGUUUAUAGCUAAUAUUGUCUUGACUCUUGUGCCAGUCACUCCGCCGGUUGUUCAGAGAGUUAUAAAACUCUUACACAUGAUCGAUCAGAGUUUGAGUGAGCGAGUCAAGGCCGGUUAUGAAGUAGCUCUUGCUGCCCAGCAAGCAGUAGCCAAUGCCACACCUUUUGAAACCAUGUCUUUCCGAAGAGUUCCAUCUGCGGAAGAAUAUCCUCUACAUGAACCGCAGCCACUUUCAAUGAAUCCAAAGAUAUGA